GAAAGGGAGGGCGACGGGCUUUGACUUUGGGUGCUUAGUCACAAUAUGCUUUGACCGAAGGGCAAAGGAUGGAGCAGGUGGAGGAUAAACACUGAGCGGGUCGUCGGGAGAAGGCACCGGAGGAGAGCAGGGGGUUACCGACAUCCGGAGUAGACGAUGCUUGUUUGCCGCAGGCCCCUCUAUCGCGAAAUUGGAUACCGACUUGCGGCGGAUGGGGUGACCGAGCUCGCUGCUCCGCCGGGGAGGUCCCAGCCUUCGGACGGUACCGGGGUGGGAGCUGCCUGUGCCCGGUUCUAAGACAGGAAGGAGUGGCAAGAGGGAAAAUGCAGACGGAGGAGGAGACGGCUACCGCAGAAGAGCCCAUUUUGGAGGAAGGGUCAGGACGAGAGCAGCAACGGCCAGUCCAGCAGUCUCUGGCCUCCUCCCUUUGUCGGGAGUCCCAUUGGAAGUGCCUCCUCCUGACCCUCCUCAUGUACGGGUGCUUCGCCACGCUUGCCUGGUGCGCUGUCUGUCGUGUACCUGUCCUCGGCUCCUCCUCCAUACCAAUCAGCAGUGACGACAAGGCCAUAUCGCCAGCCGCCGCCUACUAUCACGACAUUCCACACUUGGAGAGUCCAUGUUCAAGUGGCUAUGUCUACAUCCCUCUGGCCUUCCUGGCUAUGCUGUAUGUGGUUUACCUGGUGGAGUGCUGGCACUGCUUCUCUAAGACCGCAAUGUUGGCUCACGCUGAGUUCCAGGAGGUGUAUGAGCGUGUGCAGAGACUUCAGCAGGCCACUCCCUGCAUUUGGUGGAAGGCCAUCAGUUAUCACUAUGUGAGGAGGACCAGGCAGGUGACGAGAUAUCGCAAUGGAGAUGCAUAUACUACCACACAAGUCUACCAUGAGCGGGUCAACACUCAUGCCUCAAGUUCAGAGUUUGACUAUGCCCGCUACGGAGUCAAAGAUGUAUCAAAGGAGCUGCUGGACCUGCAGCUGCACCCUGCUGUCCGCCUCCGUUUCACCAAAUGUUUCAGCUUCUCCAGUGCACGUGCUGAAGCUGCCUACCUCACCCAGCGAGCACGCUUCUUUGGAGAGAACGAGGGUCUUGAUGACUACAUGGAGGCCAGGGAAGGAAUGCACCUGAAGAAUGUGGAUUUCCGAGAGCACAUCCUAGCCUUCCCAGAUCCUGCUCACCAGCCGUGGUUUUCUCGCCACAGGGUCUUCUGGCUUGCUUCUGCUUUCCUCCUGUCAUGGCCUCUGCGGGUCGUGUCAGAGUACCGUACAGCAUACGUCCACUAUCAUGUGGAGAAGCUGUUUGGGGAGGAUGAGGACAGUGGAGGAGGAGGAGGAGGUGGUGGUGGUGUUGGCGGAGGGCCAGGUGGAGGUGGGAGAGGGGAUGGGGUUCAAGGAAUGACUGAGAAUGGGAUCCACCCAGGAGGGAUUGGGAUUGGAAUCGGCCUAAAUGGGACGAGUUACCGAGCCAUCUCUCGAGUCAACACAGUGGACAUGACAGAGCUGGAGUGGCACAUCCGCUGUAACCAACAGAUGGUCCCGAGCUACUCGGAAGCUCUCCUUAUGGACUUGGACACAAGUGGGGGGACAAACAAUACCGCCUCUACGCCCAUCUCUGGGCCUCCCUGCACCACCCCCAACCAGGGAAACAACCCACCUCCUCUAGCUCUGCCUGUGGUGUUCAACUCAGCGUACCUCCUCCAGAGCUGCCCCCGAUGCAGGAGGACCACGUCGAGUUCCAGUCUUCCCUCCAGGCUAAGAGCCCCCAUGGGAACGACGGCCCUGCUGAACGCUACAGUGGCAGGAAUCAGGAACGCGGGGCAUGGAGGCGGAGGCAUAGGAGGAAGGUUGGUGCUCAGUCGGAGCGGUUUCUCAUUAGGGAGACUCGGAGGAGGUCGCCAGAACAGCUUAUUUCACUCACGAAGCAUGGGAGGAGGCCUGGGAGGAAGUAGGGAGGAUGGAGGAGGAGGAGGUUCAAGGCAGGACAAUGAAGAGACAAGAGGAGUGCUAGAGGGUGAAGGGGAUGAUGAGGAGGAGGAGGAAGAGCAGGAGGAGGAAGUCAGGAUAACAGAAGACGGGGGAAGAGAGAGGGACCAGGACGCAGAGCGAGACAGCGGAGGGGGAGGCGAAGGUAGGGAGGGGGAGGCGGGAGGGAGGGAACGUCCUCCAUCCUACCAGGAAGCAUUCUUCUUCCCUGUCCUCAUUAUUCACGGAGAGGAGAGCUGCCAUGCCGGAGACGACAUGUGA